CUCUAUCAUAUCUCUGUUCUUGUUCUCCAUUUCCCGCCCCUAUUAAGGCCCUCCAAACACUCUGAAGGCUCUCUCGUUAGGGUUUCAAUUCAAUUUCCCAAAACCUUCGUCCCAAAUUCCAAUUUCAGAUCAAAUACGCAUUUCUAAAUGCACUUUCAUCAAUAAAAUUCUACUUAUGUAGAAAUUGAACAGGAAGAACUUACUUAAUUUCGACUGAAAACAUGGCUGCUAUCAGUUUCAGUGCAGUUUCACUCUAUCCUUAUGCUCACAAGGGUUCUCUAUUUCGAGCAGCUAACCCAAAUCCUAGUAGACAAUGCAUUUCUUGCUGUGGACCUUCGCAUUCUACUUCAACUAUAGGUUCACGUGGUGGGUCGAGAGAACCUCGUAAAAGAUCUCGAGGAAGAGCCGAGGGACCUCGAAAAAGUAUGGAAGAUUCUGUUCAACGUAAGAUGGAACAGUUCUAUGAAGGUUCUGAUGGCCCACCGUUGCGUGUUCUUCCAAUUGGUGGUUUGGGAGAAAUUGGAAUGAAUUGCAUGCUUGUUGGAAAUUUUGAUCGGUAUAUUUUGAUCGAUGCUGGUGUGAUGUUCCCUGGCUAUGAUGAGCUUGGCGUCCAGAAAAUCAUACCUGAUACCACGUUUAUCAAGAAAUGGAGCCACAAAAUUGAAGCAGUUGUAAUAACCCAUGGUCAUGAAGACCACAUUGGUGCGUUGCCUUGGGUAAUUCCUGCUUUGGAUGCAAGCACGCCUAUAUUUGCAUCUUCCUUUACAAUGGAGCUUAUCAAGAAGAGAUUGAAGGAGUUUGGGAUUUUUAUUCCUUCUAGGCUCAAGAUAUUUAAAACAAAAAUGAGAUUUGUUGCUGGGCCAUUUGAGGUGGAACCGAUUAGGGUUACACAUUCCAUUCCAGAUUGUUGUGGAUUGGUUCUUCGCUGUGCUGAUGGUACUAUUCUUCACACAGGGGACUGGAAGAUUGAUGAGACACCAUUAGAUGGGAAAGUAUUUGACCGUGGAACUUUAGAAGAGCUUUCUAAAGAAGGAGUUACCUUGAUGAUGAGUGAUUCAACAAAUGUACUCUCGCCUGGAAGGACACUUAGUGAGACUGUUGUAGCGGAUGCAUUGUUGCGUCGUAUUUCAGCUGCUAAAGGCAGGGUUAUCACUACCCAAUUUGCAUCAAAUAUUCAUCGUCUCGGAAGUGUGAAAGCUGCAGCUGACUUGACCGGCAGAAAAUUGGUUUUUGUUGGAAUGGCAUUGAGGACAUAUCUGGAUGCUGCAUGGAAAGAUGGAAAGGCACCUAUUGAUCCAUCAACACUGGUGAAAGUGGAAGACAUUGAUGCUUAUUCACCCAAAGAUUUACUCAUUGUAACUACUGGCUCUCAAGCAGAACCACGUGCUGCACUGAAUCUUGCAUCAUAUGGAAGUAGCCAUUCACUCAAACUGACACAAGAGGAUUUGAUUUUGUAUUCUGCUAAGGUUAUACCUGGUAACGAAACUCGGGUGAUGAAAAUGCUUAAUCGUAUAUCAGAAAUAGGGUCAGCUAUUGUGAUGGGCAAGAAUGAGUACUUGCACUCGUCUGGUCAUGCUCAUCGUGAAGAAUUGGAUGAAGUGCUUAAAAUUGUGAAGCCACAACAUUUUCUACCCAUUCAUGGGGAGCUUUUAUUCCUAAAAGAGCAUGAAUUGUUGGGAAAAUCAACUGGCAUUCGGCAUACUGUGGUCAUAAAGAAUGGAGAGAUGCUUGGUGUCUCACACCUGAGGAACAGAAGAGUUCUAUCUAAUGGUUUCACUUCCCUGGGGAAAGAAAACCUACAGUUGAUGUAUAGUGAUGGUGACAAAGCAUUUGGGACAUCUACCGAGCUUUGCAUUGAUGAGAGACUUAGGAUAGCAUCAGAUGGUAUUAUAGUCAUCAGUAUGGAAAUUUUACGCCCCCAGGCUUCAAACAGUCUAACGGAGAAAACACUAAAAGGGAAGAUAAAAAUUACAACACGUUGCUUAUGGCUUGACAAAGGAAAACUUUUAGAUGCACUGCACAAAGCUGCACAUGCUGCACUAUCAAGUUGUCCUGUAAGCUCACCUCUGGUUCACAUGGAGAGGACUGUUUCCGAAGUUCUGAGAAAAGUAGUUAGGAAAUAUAGUAGCAAAAGACCUGAAGUCAUUGCAAUAGCUUUAGAAAACCCAGCAGGAGUCCUAGCUGAUGACAUAAAUGGAAAGCUAUCGGAAAGGUCACGUGUGGGUUUAGGAAUUUCAACAUUGAGAAAAGCAGUUGAUGGGCAUCAAAGAAAGCGACGACAAAUGUCCGUUUAUUGCUCUCGGAAUAUGAGAAGCAUGGAGGUGGAAGCAAUACCGACUUUACAAGGAAUUGCUCAUGAUAUACGACAUAAUUUUCAAAUCCUUCAUAUUGAGAGAUAUGAUGGAUAUAUUGUCAGGCUUAUCAUCGAUUCUAUGAAAGAUUGA